AUGUCACAUGAAUGUGAAAGAAAUUUCAUACUUCAUACGAAAUCUUUGAUAUUUUUGAGAAAUUAUGAAUCUCGAAUGCUCUCGAAACUGAAAGUUCACCAACAUGAUGUGAAGUCUGUUUCUGUUUUUUGCUUUUGCUCUGUUGUCGAACUUAAUGAUAACUCUAAAACAUCAACGAAAAAGCAAUACGAAGAAGAAAAAAAAUGGUAA